AGAUGGAAAGGGAGAAGAUGGAGAGGGGCAAGUCUGAGCUGAGGAUGGCUAUCGAGGACCUCUCCUUGCCCAGCUCAGGAGAUGGUGAAGAUCAGGAGCAGCAGGGAAAAAUUAGGAGGUCAUCCACCAUGGAUCUCCUCUGUGUCUCCAACCAGCUUCUACGUGUCCUUGAUGCGAUUGGGCCAACGCUUCUAGUCCUCAGGCAAGACAUUCAGCAAAAUGUUCAGAGAUUACAGGAUCUCCAUGCAAGAGACACCUCGAAAUACGCGGGCUUGAUGGAGAUCGUGAUGGAAGAAAUGGAGGAAGGGACCUCAAAGAAGACCAACAGUUGUACAAGGGCAAUUAUCUGGCUGGCUAGGUCGGUGAAUUUCUCGAUAUGUUUGCUGGAGAGAUUAGUGAAGAACCCAGAGUCAAGCCUGCAAGAGAUGGUGGAAGAAACAUACGAGAGCACCCUGAAGCCAUUCCAUGGAUGGAUCUCAUCAGCUGCUUACAGGGUAUGA